GCGUGUGCGUGUUUGCGGCGGAGUGAGGGGCGAUGCGUGAUGCGCGAUGCGGGCGAUGUCGAGGCGUCGGGCAUCUCCCUCCUAUUAUAGCGCAUACACCCGCCCUCUCCGCCCCCGGCGAUAAUUCACGUCCAUACCGACGCUCGCGCUGCUCGACGUCGACGUUCCUCCGUGCGCGCCGCGCGCGCGCACGCACGCACGUACAAUUUCUUUUCUUAUCUAUUUAUGAUCGGUCAUCGUCGCCACGACCCGCGGACUCGAACUCGAAUUCAAAACACAUUGGGGGGGUAGAGGGGGUUGGUCCUUGUACGCGUACGCACUGCAGCCUGGUUUCUCGCUCGCUCCUUCCCUCCCUCUCCCCACGAACCCACGAUACUGCUUUUCUCGCCCCGUCCGGCACUGCUCUUCUCCCUCUUCCCGUCCUGUACGUGCUUUCCGCGCGCGCGCGCGCGCCCGUGCCUCCACUUUCCUUCUUCUGCUGGGCUCUCAUAUCCCCUCGUCGUCUCUCACGUCUCUACACUGCUCGGGUUUCUGCUGCUUCUUUUGUCCUCUAUCUCCAGGGCUCUAUGCUCGCGCGCCCUCGCGCCCUCGUCACGACUAUGAUACUCACUUGUCCCCGCGUACGUACUUAUCCUAAUUUGCCUCUGUAGACACGCCCCUCCGCCCUCCCCUUCCCUGCCCUGCCCUGCCUCUCUUUCCCGCUCCCUCUCCAUUUGGAUCUCGUCACGUUCCGCCCAGCACCGUUUCCUCCGGACACACGUCGCACGCUCUUGAUCCCGCUCUGCAUCCACUCCGCACCACCCCGCAUACACAUACACAUACACAUACACGUACACAUGCACGCACGCACGCACUUACAUCUCUCUCUCCCUCUUGUGCUUUCUCCGCUGCUCUACUGCACUUUGCACUGCAUUGCACUGCACUACGCUACGCUACACUACGCUACUCUGCUCUACUCUGCUCUACUCUACUCUAUCGUGUACAAUUCACUCGACGCUCUGUCCAGUCUGCUCCGCACC